UCCACCAGCCUCGGGUGUCCCCCACCAGACGAGAAGGCGGCUUUCGUUCCGCUCUCCCUCCGGCGCUCUGCACCCGUUUGCCAUGAGCAGCGAGUUCCUGGCCGAGCUGCACUGGGAGAAUGGCUUUGCCCUCCCGGUGGCGAACGAAUGCAACAAAAAGCUGGAAGAUCAGUUAUCAAAGCUGCAGAGUGAAAAAUCAAACUUGCAAGAUCAGUUACGUGACUAUGAAGAUCGAGUUAAUGCAAUGAAUUCUCACUUGAAAAAUGUUAAGCAAGAAUUAUCAUUCACACAGUCCCUUUACAAAGCAAGGGAGAAUGAGAUUGAAAGUGAAGAACACUUUAAGGCCAUUGCUGAAAGAGAACUGGGACGAGUGAAGAGCGAGAUACUGCAGCUAGAAAAUGAGAUGGCUUCCAUCCGAGAGCGGAAGACUGACAAGGAAAAUGGCAUAUUCAAAGCUACUCAAAAGUUGGAUGGCUUGAAGUGUCAGAUGAACUGGGAUCAGCAAGCAUUGGAGGCUUGGUUAGAAGAGUCAGCUCAUAAAGACAGCGAUGCCCUCACUCUUGAGAAAUAUGCACAACAAGACGAUAAUAAAAUCAGGGUACUGACCCUGAAGUUAGAAAAGCUGACCUUGGAAUGUAAUCAGAAGCGAAAGCUUCUUGACAAUGAGCUUACAGAGACUCUCAGUGCCCAGUUGGAACUGGAUAAAGCAGCCCAAGAUUUUCGUAAGAUUCAUAACGAAAGACAAGCACUCAUUGAGCAGUGGGAGAACACGAUAGAGCAGAUGCAGAAGCGGGACCGAGACAUAGACGACUGUGCCCUGGCAUUGACAAGAGUAAAACAGGAAAAAAGAGAAAAAGAAAUUUUGGUUAAAGAAAAGAUGAAGUUUUUGGAAAAUGAGAUUGGGAAUAACACAGAAUAUGAGAAAAAAAUUUCUGCUGCUGACCGUAAAGUUUUAAAAUGUAGAACAGAUUAUCAAAAUCAUGAAACCAUUAGAAGUCAGCUGAAGGAAGAGUUGGAUUCUUUAAAAGCCACUGUGAAUAGAACUGCCAGUGAUUUAGAAGCAUUAAGGAAAAAUAUUUCCAAAAUAAAGAAAGAUAGCCUUGAAGAAAGAGAAAGGUUACAAAAAUUCAAAAGUCAUAAUCAUAUCAUUAGAAAAAAAUUGAGUCAGAUAACUGAGAAAACCAUGUCUGUGGAAGAGAAAGCCACCAAUCUGGAAGAUAUGCUAAAGGAAGAGGAAAAGAGUGUGAAGGAAGUGGAAGUUCAAUUGAACAUAGUGAAAGAUGUGUUUUUUAAGAAAAUUCAGGAGUUACAGACUGAGAAGAUGAAAGAAAAAGCUCUUGUGUCAGAAAUUGAAGGAACCCGUUCCACUCUGAAGCAUCUCAACAAUCAGUUACAUAAACUGGAUUUUGAAACCUUAAAACAGCAAGAAAUUAUGUACAGUCAGGAUUUUUAUGUUCAACAAAUAGAACGAAGAAUGUCACGGUUAAAAGGAGAAAUUAAUUCAGAAGAAAAGCAAGCUCUGGAAGCAAAAAUUGCCGAACUGAAGAAGUCACUGGAAGAGAAAAAGUCUACAUUUGACCUUUUGGAAACACAGAUCAAGAAACUUCAUAAUGAUCUUUACUUUAUCAAGAAGUCAAAUAGUAAAAAUUGUGAUGAAAAGCAGUCCCUUAUGACUAAAGUAAAUGAACUGAAUCUUUUUAUCGACAGCUCAGAGAAAGAACUUAACAAAGCCAAAGCUUUUAAACAGGAUUUGAUGAUAGAGGACAAUCUCUUAAAACUUGAGGUUAAACGGAUUCGAGAAAUGCUUCACAGCAAAGCAGAAGAAGUUCUUUCCCUGGAAAAAGGAAAACAGCAGUUGCUUACAGCCAUGGAAGAGCGAACUGAGGAAAUUAAGGUUCACAAAAUGAUGCUUGCCUCGCAGAUAAGAUUCGUUGAUCAAGAGCGGCAGGACAUAAGCAUCGAGUUCCAUGAACGACUCAGUAAAAUUGAUAAGCUGAAAAAGAGGUAUGAAAUUCUUACUGUUGUUAUGCUGCCUCCUGAAGGAGAAGAGGAGAAAACACAGACCUAUUAUGUAAUAAAGGCUGCUCAAGAAAAAGAAGAACUUCAAAGGGAAGGUGAUAGUUUGGAUGCCAAGAUCAACAAAGCUGAAAAAGAAAUCUAUGCGCUAGGAAACACCUUGCAAGUGCUGAAUAGCUGCAACAGAAAUUACAAACAAUCUUUUAAAAAAGUGACUCCAUCUAGUGAUGAGUAUCAGAUAAAAAUUCAACUAGAAGAACAAAGAAGAGCUGCUGAUGAAAAAUACAGAUAUAAACAGAGACAAAUUAGAGAACUUCAAGAUGACAUCCAGACCAUGGAAAACACUUUACAGCUCACAGAACAUUUAGCAAAUGAUGUCAAAGAAAAAUUAUCAGAGAAGAAAGCUCUUGUAUCUCAACUACAGAAAGAGACUGAGGAGCAGAAGCCAAAAUUGGAGAGAGUGACUAAACAGGUAUAUCUUUCUAAAAUUGACGUAUAUUUAAUUUUUUUCAAGUUAAAUAUUUUCCAGACUGGAUUAGAGCUACCUAUAGCAAGUAGUAAAGGCAGCCACCAGAAUUCUGUAUCUUCUUCACAGGUCUCACUGCUAUCACUAAGGUCUUCUAGGAGUAGCGUAAAUACUUCUGCUUCUCAGGCUUCUGUUAAAGUACUGGAGCUCAACCUCCCAGACUCUUCACCAGUAGGCAGUAGUUCUAGGUCAAUCAGUGCUAGCAGUUCAACUACUUUGAAAAGCAACAAGAAUGGCAAAUAAACAUUACAUUUUUGAACAAGUUUUAAACACAAAAACAAAUAUCUCCUACUUAAUUGUAAGUUCCAUCUGAUUUUUGAGCUCCAUAUAAUGAUAUAAAGAAGCCUACUAGAAAUAUAAGAUGACCAAAGGUUUUAUCCAGUAGAAAAUGAGAAAAUGUAAAAGCUGUUGUUUUUAAGGUAAUUUUCUUAGUUUCCUACAAUUUUAUUCUCAGAGAAGGAAAAUAAUAACAGGUUUUUUUUAUGAGGCUAUAAGGUAUACAAGCAUGGGGACAAAUAGUGCUUUUCAUUCCAAUUUUGAUGUUUGUGGUGUUAAAAUAUACUACAUACUGCUAAGGUAACAGAAUCUUAGGAAGAAAUUUCUGAAGAUUCAUUGCAUAUCACAGUAAGAAAAUUUACAUUUAUUUUUAUUAGAUUCCCAAAUUAGGUUUUUUAAUUCAAAGAAAUUUAUUUUUCAGACUUUUAGGAAAAAUAAUCUGUUGAACAUAGUUCCUUCUUUUGGUAUAACUUGUAAUUAAGACAGUUAUUAACUUACACCCCUGAAGAAAAUUGGUAAGAAAAAUACAGUUUAAAAAAAAAGCAGCUUAAAUUUCCAAGAAUUAUUCCACUCUGCCCUUUAAAAACUCAAACAUAUUAAAGAUUUUGCUGUUAAAAUAAGUCAACCAAGCAUAUUUUUGGAAAUACCCUUAAUAAAUAAUUUAAAGAAGCCAGCUAUGAUUUGCCAAAGAAUUCUACAGACUUACACCCGAGGUACAACACCACACUUAAAGUUAGAUUUUCCAGUUAAUACUUAGUGCCCAGCACUUUGAACUUUUCAGUGCUACUGUGAUUGUCUUAACCAUUAUCAACAAAUUCCUUUGUUUCUCAUUUCGUUUUAGAAAUAGCUUAGAAAAUAUAGUAUUUAUAUGCACAAAUUAAGAUGGGUAAAAAACUGGGUAAUUUUUUUGUGUGUGAAACGAAGCAUGAGACUUAGAAGAUCUAAAAACUGAUUAUGUCAUUUUGUUCAGCCAAGUUCUUACUCUCUGUUACUAAUUUAUAAAUUACCUGGAACUCAAAACAUUAAAUGUAUUCCUUGAAGUUGGGGGUUACAUCUUAUUUACUGGCUAUACUUUUUUCACUUGUAGUAUGGAAAGUAGCAAUUAUGUAAAGUUUCUUAAAACUUGGUAAUAUAAAUGUACAGGGUUUGAUACACAGUAACUGCACUACACCUACAACUUCCUGUUUACUAAGUUGCUAUCUAGAGCCUAGCACAGUAGUUGUGGAAUCAUUAGGUUUUAUGGCCAGCAUACAAGAGUACAUUUAACCCUUAAAUAAACUAAUAGUUCUAACUUUAGUAUAAUACUAACUGGCAAAACAGAGGAAUAGUCCCUUUAAUUCCAAAUCCGAUCUUAACACCCCAAAAGCCAUUCUUCUAAGUUAAGGAAUCCAAGACAUAGACAGCCCAAGUAUGUUCCAAACCAAUGCUGAGAAAAACUACUGAAGACAUCAUUAUGAACUUUUCACAAUUUAAUCUUUAAUAGUACUUUUCUUUUCUUCCUGUGAUGGGCUGUUAGAAACUGGUUGGGCUCUGCUUAAAUCUGGUAUAUUUCAAGAGACUCUGGGAAAGAAGGAAUUCUUAAAUUCAAUUAGCCUAAAAGAUAAGGCACUAUCUUAACACUGAGGUAAAAUGGUAUGUGUAAAGUUUGGAGCUGUGCUAGGGUUUUCUCAAGUGUCAAGGGGCUAUGCAAGAGGUAGUUUUUGCUUUCUGAAAAGCUUGUUAUGGCCAGGUUCAAUGGCACACACCUGUAAUCCCAGCUACUUGGGAGCUGAGGCAGAAAGAUUGUCAAGUUUGAGGCCAACUUGAGCUACACUAUCUCAACAACAAAAAAUAGUUUGGGAUGUGUAGCUCAAUGGUAAAAGGCCCUGUCUAGAAAUAAUCCUCAGUACUUCAAAGCACAACAAAAACUCCAUGAUGUACAAGUGUGUAGGGAUGACAGAACUAUUAAUACAUACAACACUGAGUUUCUUCUUGCAAAGACUGUCAGUGCAGGAAUGAUUUAGCCUAUUCCUAUUGUCAUUAGAUAUGUUCUUAACCAGGAUUUCUUUUCCCUGUUCCACUGCAAAACAAAUUUCAGAUUUUUCCAUUAGGCUCACACAUCACUACAAACUGAAGGACACAAAUGACAUUAAUAGUAUUAAAGGUUUGGUAUUUUACUGGUGGCAAGCUGACAGGUGGAAUUGUCUCUUCCUUUAUCAUUCUUACUGGGACCUUUGUAGAUGGAUACCCACCUAUGCUUCCACCUAAACCCAUCCUCUGUUGCCUUGUGAUCGGAUUAAAAUUUCAUCACCAUUUACAGCUUCUAGAAUCUUACAUUACGAAGAUUCUAAAAAGCACCACAAUCCCAACAAUUAAAUUAUACUUCUUUCCCAGUAACUCCCAGAUUACUAUAUUUAGUAAUUUGGGGAAGAUCUUUAAAAUCCAAGACCCUUCCUUCUUUAGUUGUAGCUGCUGAAAUUUAUUCUGAGUAAAAUUAAGCUAUGGUUGGCCUAGUCUUUUAUUCAGAUCUUAAGAGGCAGUACUUGAAGUGAGAUGCUAAGAAUAAGGAAGAAAAGUAAAAAAACAGG